AUAAGGUGACAUAUCCCUUCGCUAUUUCUGCAUCCACAUGCCUUUUGGUCUGCCAGCCGAAACUCUGCUUUCCAUAAUUAGGCAUUACCAGAUGCCAUCAUAUAUGCCCACCUCACAUCAUUCUCAUCUCCCCUCCUCUAUCUUCCUCUCCUCGCACCGGAAGGAGAACUUGAGCCAUGAAGCCAUUCCCCCACAGAGAAGUGCUGAGGUUACAUCUAGCUCCUUGUUGUUCGCUGAAGGAGAGCUAAAUCCUUACUCGCCAUCUCUAUUAGGCCUAAACAUGAACGGUUCCGACACAGAAGCAUCGGUAGAAGUCUUUGAAGUCAGCAGUCAAGUGGCUUCUAACAUGUGGACCCAAGAGUCUUCUUCUUCUUCCCCCAGCAAGGAGGACGCACCCAUCUCCCUCGACCUCUCCCUCACCCUCAAUGCAGAGUCCACAGCGCCGGCGGUCGUCUCGCUGUCGAGCACAAGCGAAAGCAGCAGCGAAUCGCAAGCCUUUCCCCGGCCCGACUCCCGGAGAGUCUUCUCCUGCAACUACUGCCAACGCAAGUUCUUCAGCUCCCAAGCCCUGGGCGGCCAUCAGAACGCUCACAAGCGGGAACGAACGCUUGCAAAGCGGGCACUUAGAUUGGACGCAGCUCGACACAGUUAUCCUAGCAUUGCAUCUUUGCCCCUCCAUGGCUCUGCUCUCCAUUCACUAGCGAUUAAGGCGCAUUCAUCAGCGCAUCAGAGCAUGGUGGAGUGGAGGGGGAGCCAAGGCGGUAUGCUCUUUGGGAGAGGCUUGCUUGAGCCAAGGCAAGUGGUUGUGGAAGAUCAGGAUGUGGAUUUUCAUUGGCCUGGAAGCUUUGGGCCAAUGACAGAUUCAAGGUUUGAGCGAAUUGGGAGCUCAGAUUUGGUAGCAGUGGAUCACCAGCCAGUAGAGGAUCCUGAUCUUACUCUCAGGCUCUAAGUGUUCGACGCUGGCAUUUUUGCGUGACGGUGUUGUAGAACGAACACAUUGUUUUUCUUGAUGUCAUGCAGUGAGGAAUGUGAUGGUUUGUAA